CGGAGACGGAGAUGAGUUGCGAUGAAAACGCCUCUUUUCUAGAUUUCUGUCCAAUCUUCACUGCUUAGCUCCAUUCGGCUCUGGGCUUCCGCUCACUUACUUCGCUCCCUUGUACACACUUCUGAGCUCUCUCCCGAACCCAAGAUGCCCGUCGUUGCUGGUCCUGCCGCAGGGGGCCCUGCUGGCCCCUCGACCUUCGACAAAAUGAAAAUGGGUUGCAUGAUGGGUUCCACUGUCGGUGGAAUCAUGGGCUUCAUCAUCGGAACGGUCACGAUCUUCCAGUACGGAGCCGGCCCCAAUGGUGUGAUGCGCACUCUGGGCAAGUACAUGCUGGGCUCCGGUGCGACCUUUGGUCUUUUCAUGUCCAUCGGCAGUGUCAUCCGUACUGAAGGACCCCACAACGAUGCCUGGCUCCGCGCUCGAGGCCCUCCCAUGAUGCUUCCCCGCCAAAGCCCCCUCCAGCCAGUGCGCUAAUAAACUCGUGUUCUCCUGUCGUUCUGGACGGGGAUGUCAAAUGGUGCACGUGACAUGACCAAAUCGAAGGGGACGCUUCUUGUACGAUACGAUCUUUAAAUUUGUGAAGCGAUUUCAGCAGAGGUGGAAUAGCAAGAUUGGCUAAGAUUGAGGAGCUUGAGAUGGUGGUUUGGGCGGCCAUACUGGCCGAGAGCUUCCAAGGUUCCAAGCUUAUAAUGCACAUAUGCUUGUCGCAUCAGGAAUUUGCUGGGCCUGGUCAUCUCUUCACUCAGGAAUCGCCGGGUUGGCGUCAUUUCUUGCUCCGACU